CACGCCUCUCUCUUCGCUCCAGCGCCGUCGUCUCGCCACCAGCUGCUUCUUCCGCUGCCGCUGCUGCUGCGUUGCUGCCGCCGCCAUGGCUGAGCGCACAAAGAAGACGGUGUACGUCGGCGGCCUGCCCGACGGCGCAGAUGCCGCUAUGCUCGUCAAUGCCUUCACGGCCUUUGGCGAGGUGGUGGACGUGCAGAUCCCGCAGGAGGACGGCAACACGCGCGGCUUUGGCUUCGUGACCUUCUCCAAGCCCGAGGAGGCCGAGGAUGCCAUCGACAACAUGCACCUCAACGAGCUCGCCGGGCGCAUCAUCAACGUGAACCUGGCACGCGCGCCCAAGGCGGCCAUCGGCAAUGGCAACCGGCCGGUGUGGGAGGACGAGGAGUGGAUCAAGGAGCAUGCUGCGCCGCUCGAGGGCGCAGAGGCAGACGAGGCACCAGAGGGGCCAUAGCGGCAUUUGAGACGCGCAUCUUGAGUGGUCACGACGCACUCUCGAAGCAGUCCACCCCGCUGUCUGCCCCCAGCAUCUCCGCGGCGACGACGUCGCCUUGUACAACAUCUCAAUCCGCAUCGGUUCUUUUCGCAGAAGUCAUGUCAUCUUCCACGAUCCUCUGCUUUGGCGGCAGACGCUACCGCCCAAAGCGCUGCUCGACGUAGCCGAAGCGCUGCAUCGCCGCCUCGAACGUGGCGGCGCUGAGGCGUGACCGUGC